AGUGUAUUAUGUGCUGCUGUCAGUGGUGCUGAUUGCUACUCUGCUGCGAGGCUGAAUACACUGUUAUGUGCUGCCGCUGCUGCUGUCCUUGGUGCUGAUCACUGCUCUGCUCUCCAGCUGCCCAGGCUAUUAUGUACUGCUGUCCUUGGUGCUGAUCAUUGCUCUGCUGAGGAGUUCCAUAGACUCUCAUGUGCCACUGUCCAUGGUGCUGAAAACUGCUCUGUGUGGGGCUGAAUAGAAGUGUCUGAGCCUUGGCUGAGUGCACUGGGUCUGGAUUUAACUCAAAGCUAUUGCACUGGACACUGUUCUGAAGUCCAUUCUUUCUGCAUGUUGAUGUGGAGAUAUGGCUCUGAAAGAUACAAUCCUCCCUAUCAGCGAAAUGUCUUAUCCUUUUCCGGAUGUGGUAGAGCUGAAUGUAGGCGGCCAAGUUUAUGUUACAAAGUAUUCUACACUUACCAGCAUUCCGGACAGCACUCUGUACAGUAUGUUCUCUAGGAACAAUGUCAAGGAGCUUCCCAGAGAUAACAGGUCUCGAUUCUUUAUAGACAGGGAUGGCUUCCUUUUCAGGUAUGUACUUGACUUUCUAAGGGACAAACAGCUCUCACUCCCAGAUCACUUCCCAGAAAAGGAAAGGCUUUUGAGAGAGGCUGAAUAUUUCCAGCUCAACGACCUGGUGAAGCUACUGACUCUUAAAGUAACCAAACAGAGCUCCUUGAAUGAUGAAGGCUGUCAGAGUGACCUAGAAGAGAACUCACAAAGCAGCGAUCUGUUCAGAACUGCAGCCCUAGACAAAAAAUCUGGUUUUAUCACUAUAGGCUACAGAGGCUCCUACACCAUGGUCAGAGAUAACCAGGCUGAUGCUAAAUUCAGAAGAGUGGCCAGGAUUAUGGUAUGUGGCAGAAUAGCUCUGGCUAAAGAAGUUUUUGGAGAAACUUUGAAUGAGAGUAGAGACCCUGAUCGCCCCCCAGAAAAGUACACUUCUAGGUUCUACCUAAAAUUUACUUACUUGGAGCAAGCUUUUGACAGGCUUUCCGAAGCUGGUUUUCACAUGGUAGCCUGCAAUUCUACUGGAACAGCGGCUUUUGUAAACCAAUAUAGGGAUGACAAAAUCUGGAGCAGUUAUACCGAGUAUAUCUUUUACAGAUCCCCACAAAAGUUAGUAUCUCCCAAACAAGACUGUGAAGAAAUAAAAUCCGAAAAAGUAUUAGACAAAGGUAGUGAAAGUGGAACAUCGUGUAAUGAACUGUCUACAUCUAGCUGUGAUAGCCAGUCAGAAGCUAGCACCCCUCAAGAAAACACAUCUAUGCUCCAACAAUCGAGUUCUCAUCAACCUAGUACCCUAACAUUGGAUCGCCCAUCAAAAAAGAACCAAGUCAAGUGGGUUCCACCACCCGAGAAACGUAGGAACAGUGAACUCUUCCAAUCACUGAUGAGCAAAUCUAGAGAUAACAACCUUUCUAAAAGGAAAGUCUGUGAAAAACCAAGCAUCGAAGAGGAAAUGAAAAAAUGUAUACAAGAAUUUAAAAAAAUUAAAAUUCCUGAUUACUUUCCGGAGAAAAAACGUCCAUGGCAGAUGGAAUUACUAGAAAAAUAUGAUUUAUAAGAAUUUCCCCUUUAUCGAUUACUGAUAUGUGGUUUGUGUAUUCCUCUUCUGAACUCCCUUGAUGUCACAACCUACUCGAUGUAUAGAAUUCUGUGCAUCCAGCAUAACAAUUUUUAAGUUGUAAUUUUGUGACUAUUUAAUUAUCAUCAGUUCUGAAACAGAAACUGUCAAUAUCCACAAGAAAUUUCUGGUGACAACGAAUAAAUACUGUGCAUGUCUUCAAGGGGUCACUUCUACUGUUAUAAUUUUGUCAGAUACCUUUUCACUUCUGUACUUAAUAUUACAUUUUGUGAAAACAUUUAUUAUGCUACAAUAAUAGUUACAGUAUGACCAUCAGUAGCGUACCUCCCAACAGAACCUUUUAAGAUUUUUCCGAAACAAGGAGGAGGGGAUUUUUGAAACUUACAAAAAAAGAGACAUUUCUAUGUGAUUUUGUGAUGUUUCCUUAGUAGAAAAAAGGUUGGGGCCUUAGUUUGUCUCUGGAUUUGGAAAUCUAAUGUUGGGAGGUAUGCAGUAGAUUUUACCAACAUCAACUUUUGAAACAAAUGUAAAUGCAGUAAAAUAUUUAGUUUGCAUGACCACCAUCUUAGAAAUAAAACACAAAUACAACUUA